UCUAGUGUUUUGUGACCACUGAUGAGAAGAGUUUGCUCCGUGCUCAUUAUUUCCUGAGGUAGUAUUUUUGUUAGUUUAUUAUUGUGUGACUUUUUGACCUCCCAGCUGUGUCUUCUACUGGAAUACCCUCACACCUUCGUUGGACUGUCUCAAACCGCCUUCACCAAUGCUGACUGAGCCGUGUGGAGCCAUGUCGAUGGGGUCGGAUGUUCGAGAUCUGACCCUCUUAUCUCCAGCACCUCCUGUGUCGUCCUUACCAGGAGCUAGUGGUGGCUGCGGGAUGUCUGUUGGUGGUGGUCAGUGGACUCAACUGCUGGACCUCCACCCUGGCUCUCCCUACAGCUCCCUGCCCGCCCACCACUCCCUCAUCAAGCAGGAACCAGGAUGGGGGGCCACCGACCCAAUAGAGGACCCUCACUGUGGACUCGGGGCCUUCACGGUGCACUUCUCAGGCCAGUUCACAGGCUCAGGCCCCUGUCGAGUUGGGGCCUUCGGAGAGCCGACUGCAGGCCAACCAAGGGUGUUUCCCAAUGGAACCUACCUACCUAUGGACAGUCCUCCUGCACCCAGGAACCAGGGUUAUGGCGCAGUGGGCUUAGACAGCAACCCCAGUUAUGGUCACACUCCGUCUCACCACACCCCUCAGCUCUCCAGCCUGUCCUUCAAACACGAGGACACGCUGUCACCGCCGAACAACAUAGUUGACCAGCAGUACCCAGCUCCUCCUCCCAUGUUUGGUUGCCACAAUCCUUCAGAAUCCUGUCCAAACAGCCAAGCUCUGCUGCUGAGAAACUACAACAGGUACAAUUAUUUUGAUAACCUGUACCAAAUGGCAUCUCAGCUGGAUUGUGUAACAUGGAACCAAAUGAACACCCUGGCGUCUUCCAUGAAGAGUGGCCAUGCAAGCGGCUACGAGAGUGACCCCGCAGCCCCGCCUCCGCCCAUGCUAGUCAGUGCCCAGUACCACAUACACACACACAGCGUCUUCAGAGGACUUCAGGAUGUGCGACGGGUAGCUGGUAUUGCCCCACCAGUUGUGAGGUCAUCAGAGACCAAUGAAAAGCGUCCAUUUGUAUGUGCUUAUCCUGGCUGCAGCAAGAGAUACUUCAAACUGUCACAUCUGCAGAUGCACGGCCGCAAACACACAGGAGAGAAGCCUUACCAGUGUGAUUUCACAGACUGUGGCCGCAGAUUCUCUCGCUCAGACCAGUUGAAGAGGCACCAGCGCCGACACACAGGAGUGAAGCCCUUUCAGUGCGAGACGUGUCAGAGAAAGUUUUCACGGUCAGAUCAUCUUAAGACGCACACUCGGACUCAUACAGGUAAAACAAGUGAGAAGCCCUUUACCUGCCGCUGGUCCAACUGUCAGAAGAAGUUUGCCCGCUCUGACGAGCUGAUGCGCCACCACAGCAUGCACCAGAGGAACCUGACCAAGCUGCAGCCUGCCAUCUGAGCAGGAGGAGGAGGAGGAGGAGGAAGGUGACAAUAUGUUGUGCCAG